AAAACUCACACUGCCGUCCCUGACACAGAUGGCUGUCGUUCGUUAGGGUGUGUUUACAAGCAUAUGGGCACUUGAAAAAAUUAAAGGAAGACUCAAAUCCACCAUCGCUUCAAGCGCUCCACCCUCACCGCCACAACUCGCCUCCAGCCCGGAGCAACCCAAGUUACCCCACCGUUGCCGGCCUUGACCCUAAGCCAUAUCACAGCAGUUUUGCUACUCCGCCAACCAGAUUGCUGAGCCGUAGCAAUUCUUCUUCUCUGCAACCGGUUUUUCGGUCACUGAUUUAUUAUUUUGUUUUUUAAGCAUUUUAUAUGGGAAGCAUGUAUACUUGAAAAACCUUUUCUCUGUUCGAUGGUUUGGAUUUUGGAGUUGGCUUCAGUUUCUUUACUGAAUUUGAUGUUUGUGAUGAGUGAGUUUUGGUGUUUGUAAUGUUGUCUGGUAAUAGUGGUUUUUUUUUUUUUUUUGGGUAAAUAUGAUGGAACAAAAGGCUCUACUUGAUGAAGAUAAUGGAGAGGUGACAUCCUGACUUUUGCAUAUCUAAAAAUUAAAUUUACUUUCCAUGUUUGAUGCUUGAAGUUGAUGAAACAAGUUUAAUUAUUGAGACUAGGUUUAUCUGGGCACGAAUAACUCAACUUUACAAUAAAAUUAUUUUAAUCUAAAAUACCUGAUAUAGUUAGUUUAAUUGGUCUUUAUUAGGAGAAAAAUAAAUUAUAUCCGUGAGAAGACAUUAUCUCUUCCCCUUUUUUCCCUUAUUGAUUGGUUAUGGUUGUUCAAGCUUAGCAAUUGAGUAAUAUUAUACAUAAAAACAAAUUCUACAAAUUUAUUCGUAGAAUCUAAGGUGGUUGCAUCUGAUUGUGUGAUUUUGAAGUGAUAGAAAAAGUAAAUAAUCAUCUGGCUUAAUCACAAAAUGCGACAUCAGUUUUUACUGAUAAAUUUAUAUUAUUUGUUUGUAUGCAUAGUUUUAUUCCUUAGUUAUUUAGAUCUAAUUCAAAUUAUGAACACUGUUCUGGAAUUAAUUAGGUCCAUAUUUUUAUCAGCCAACAGUAGCAACUGACGCAGCAGCUUAUUGGUCAUUGAUGAUUGUAUAAUGGAUACCAAGUUCAUUCUUUUACGAAGGCUUGCAAGAUUUGUAAAACCUUCCUUGACUCAUAGGUCAAGUUCUGUUCUUCUGGAACCUUUGAGACUUAUUGGUUUUUCUGAGAACAAGUCUUCUUAUGGCAGCUUAAUUACUGCUCCUAGAAACUUUUGCUCUAGCCCUCUUAAUCCUAGUUCUGACUCUCAAGUGCCUACUGCCAUCGACUAUCAUUCUCUUCUGCAGGAGGAUGAGUUUCACAGGCUUGCUAACUCUACAAUCCAUGAUUUGCAAGAGAAAUUUGAGGAAUACGGCGAUAUUGUCCAAGUUGAUGGAUUUGAUGUAGACUAUGGGAAUGAGGUUUUGACCCUGAAGCUUGGAGCUCUGGGUACUUAUGUGUUGAACAAACAAACACCGAAUAGACAAAUAUGGUUAUCUUCUCCUGUGAGCGGUCCUUCCAGAUUUGACUGGGAUCGAAGUGCUCAAGCUUGGGUAUAUAGACGAACUAGAGCGAACUUGUCAAAAAUUUUUGAAAGUGAGUUGGAGCAAUUAUGUGGUGAGCCCAUCAAUCUUUCUUCAAGUAGUUAAAGAUACUCUGAUGUAUUAUUCUAUAAGUUUUCCUUUUUCAUUUUCCUGUUACAUAUGUAGACUUGAGGUAGUUUGCAUGCCUAUUCACUAGAUGAUAUAUCCGUUUGGUACGUCUUUUUUUUUUGGGUUUGUAACAACCAUUCAGUAUCGUAACAAAGUUUUAAAUAUGACAGAGAUUCAAAC